AUGCCACUAAAUAAGAAGAAGCUUUAUAUGAAACUUCAGUGCUUGGAAUCAUUUUCAAACCCAAAGCAGCAUUUGGAGCAGUAUCCAACAUCUUCUCAAGUUGCCGGUAGUGAUAUAUUGUUUGACAUGCAAACCCGCCAUGAUGCGCUUAACAAAAAAACAGUGGCAGAUCUCGGAUCUUCAGUUUCGUUGUUGGUUUUGAUAUCGACAGAGACGCCAUCUCCGCAGCUACCGUGGACUUAUGCUACUUGGUUUUCGAAUUCUGUUAUAGGCAUCGAUGUAGAAUUUCUAAAAGUUGCACUAGGCUUGAGUCGAAACCACGUGUAUUCUCUUCAUAAAACAACUACCAGAAAGCAUAUUAUGAAGACUAUUCAAGAGCUUGGUGCUAUGUGUGAGGUGGUCGCUGAACUACGUUUUGAUAUCCCAAGGAUGUACAAAAAACACAGACAAUUGUCCAAAGAUAUCGCUGUUGACUUCUUUCACUCCUGGUUUGAAAGAAGUAACACAUAA